AUGCUCAACCUCAAUAACAAGGUAGCCCUGGUCAUCGGCCUCGGUCAAACAGGCACCGAAGGCUGGGGCAUCGGCGCAGCAAGUGCCGUGUCCCUCGCCCGCCAAGGAGCCCUCAUAUUCGGCGGCAACCGCACUCUCGCCUCAACGAACAAGACCAAACAAACCAUCGAAGCAAAAGGCGGAACAUGCGAUAUCCUCGCUACAGACGCCACAGAUUCUUCAUCCGUGAAAGCGCUGGUUGAUGCGUGUAUGGCCAAGCAUGGAAGGAUAGACAUCCUCCUCACAAGCGUCGGUCAAUCACAACCUGGAGAUCCUGCAUCUAUGACUGAAGAUGUCUGGGAUGCGCAGAUGGAUAUUAAUCUGAAAAGCGUGUAUUUGGCUACACAUUAUGUUCUUCCUAUAAUGAAAGCUCAAGGAACCGGUUCAGUGAUCUGUAUUUCCAGUAUCGCUGGUCUUCGAUACAUUGGCAAGCCGCAAGUAGCGUACAACACUACAAAGGCAGCGAUACUACAGUUUGUCAAAGCUACGGCUGUUAUAUAUGCGGACAAGGGUGUGAGGCUGAAUGCCGUUGUGCCGGGACUUAUGGAUACACCUUAUACGAAGAGUAUGGCGGAGAGAUUUGGAAGGGAUUAUAAGGAGAUGUGUACGGUUAGGAAGGGACAGGUUCCGAUGGGGAGGAUGGGGGAUGCGUGGGAUGUUGCGAAUGCGGUUGUGUUUUUGGCGGCGGAUGAGGCGAGGUAUAUUACGGGGCAGAAGAUUGUUGUUGAUGGGGGUAUAACCUCAUCUACGGGUAGGGCUUAG